GUCAAUUUCGCCCUCAUGCUAGAAGCCACAGCAGCAAUUUUGGAAUGGCAAUGUCAGCCAAUCAGAUCCUUUGUUCAACAGCACGUUCCAUUCCAUAAUGGCUGCCAGUGCUGUGACUACCGCUAUCUAGCAUGUGGACGAAAAUCGUUAAAUCUUCUCGGUGUAACAGUUGGGAUAGUGGGACAAUUUGAAGUACAACACAUUUCUCAUCCCUGUUUUCAGGGGCAGAGUGAACUGUCAUCCUCUUCUUCCAGAGUGCGUCAGAAGCUGGAGAGCCUGCUGAACAAGAACAUGAGAAUCAGAAUGACAGACGGACGGACGCUGGUGGGACUGUUCUUGUGCACAGAUAGAGACUGCAACGUCAUCCUGGGGUCCGCUCAGGAGUUCCUCAAAUCCUCAGACUCCUUCUCCCAGGGUGAGCCCAGAGUGCUGGGGUUAGCCAUGAUUCCCGGCCACCAUGUGGUCUCCAUCGAGGUGGAGUCAGACACCCUGGCCGACACACAGGGGUUCGGGGGCAGCCACUGAAGAACAAGAGCUCACCCAAAGUCGGAGGACACGGUCCUAGAAAAGGCUACAGUACAGACUUGAAAUGAGAGAAUUCAAUUAAAGGAAUUCCAGAUGUGGCGGAUCUCUGGUGCCAGUGUCGUGGGUUUACCAGUCAGAGCCAAGAUAGGUGCGAAAUGUAACCAAGCAUCCCCAGUGACAGUGUGUGUGUGAAGUUAAUACAGAGUAUAAAAGGUAUUUGCGCAAUAAGGGGCAUGGGACUGAGCCAGACGGUACAGUAUAUGUCAGUGUGAUAAAUGUUUUUCAAUA